AUGCCACACCACAAUCCAGAACCAAUUUCUUUUCCUUUGCUAUCACAAUCGUUUCUACACACACAAAGCCCUUUUUUUCCCUGCUUCCUUCCUGCUUCCUUCCUGCUUCCUUCGCCGCCGGACUCCCCGCAAACCGCUUCCGUUCGUAACUCUCUCUCUCUCACACACACACACGCUACUUUCUUACUUAUUUACUUACUAAAGUACUCACGCGUUCUGAUCUCAUCAUAUGCCUGCCUGCUGCACCUGUCGCGUCUCGUAAUUCUAUAUAGCCCACACCGCUCAAAAACACCCACACACCACAGCAUAACUUCCGCUGCUCUGCGACCGUUUCUACGUGCCGUGCCGUUUUCGCUCCGCGGAUCCGGCGCUUUUAAAAUCAUUAACACCGAAUUCUACGUUUCUAGAAUUAAAGACGACCGUGAAUACGGCUGCGGAAUGUUGGGAUUUAUACCCGUUACCACUAGUCAGAAGGGCUUCAGGGCGGAAGAGCUCAGUAUGAAUAUAUAUAUAUGUAUGUACAUAUAA